CUUCCCCCACAACCCCUUCAAGAACGGACCCAAGAACCCACAGGAAUCUUCGCAGCUCUCGAGCGAGGACCAAGGGAGGAAGCGCAGAAGGAGAGAUCUCUCUCUCCCUUCCCACAUCUCGCUCUCUCGCCUCUUCUGGGUGGUGGGUCUUGUCGCUACCCGCGGUUUCUUUGAGGCGAGCGAGGUCGAUUCUUGAAGGAGGAAGGAGGAAGGAGGAAGGAGGAGGGGGUGGCCAUGGCCGAGAGAAUCACGGGGAAGGUCAAGUGGUUCAGCGACCAGAAGGGGUUCGGGUUCAUCACCCCGGACGACGGCUCCGAGGAUCUCUUCGUCCACCAGUCCUCCAUCCAGUCCGAGGGCUUCCGCAGCCUCGCCGAGGGCGAGACCGUCGAGUUCCAGAUCGAGUCCGACGGCAACCGCACCAAGGCCGUCGACAUGACCGGUCCCGGCGGCGCCGCCGUCCAGGGGAGCGGCCGCGGCGGCGGGGGCAGCAGGGGCGGCGGCGGCGGGGGCUACGGCGGCGGCGGCGGCGGCAGGGGCGGGGGCUACGGGAGCAGGGGCGGCGGGGGCUACGGCGGCCGGGGCGGCGGGGGUUACGGCGGGGGCGGCGGCUACGGCGGGGGCGGCUACGGCGGGGGCGGCUACGGCGGUGGCGGCUACGCCGGUGGUGGCUACGCCGGUGGCGGGGGAGGUAGGUACGGAGGCAGCGGCGGGGGAGGAAGGUACGGGGGAGGAGGAGGAGGCGGCGGCGGCGGAAGCUGCUACAACUGUGGGGAAGUAGGGCACUUUGCCAGGGAGUGUCCCGGGAAUGGUUGACUGAGGUAACGAUAACCCAGAUGGGUUAGGUCCAUAAAAAAAUCGUCUUGGCUUGGCGACUGUCUCUCUUUUGCUGGUGGGUGAGCUUGGUGAACUGUUUUUGGUACAUGGGACUUUUCAUGUUUUUGUCAUCUGUUUCUCUCUGUUAAUUUCGUGUGUUCCUGUGGGUCGGUUAACGCUUAACCCUCAAGAAGAUGUGUGAUUUUCUACUGGGUGAAUGCUGUUUCUCUUUCCAUGUUCUAGUUAUUGUGACCUGUUGUUGCCUUGCUGGAUUUGAGCCUUCCAUGGCUGGUUGGACUGGACUGUGAAUUUGCAGGGGAUGAAUCGUGAAUCUCUGUUCUGAUUUUACUCGAA